AUGAGAGAAGUCAUCAGUGUCAACGUUGGACAAGCGGGAUGUCAAAUUGGUAACGCAUGUUGGGAGUUAUACUCCUUAGAACAUGGUAUUAGGCCGGACGGUUAUUUGCAAACAGGUUUAUCCAAGCCUAAGGGUGGUGGAGAAGGCUUUUCUACUUUCUUCAAUGAAACCGGAUCUGGAAAGUUUGUUCCUCGUGCAGUUUACGUGGAUUUGGAACCUAACGUGAUUGAUGAAGUACGUACUGGUCCUUAUAAGGAACUGUUUCAUCCAGAGCAAUUGAUUAGUGGUAAGGAAGAUGCUGCUAAUAACUAUGCUCGUGGUCAUUACACAGUUGGAAGAGAACUUUUGGACGAAAUUUUGGAUAGAAUCAGAAAAAUUUCUGACCAGUGUGAUGGUUUGCAAGGUUUCCUUUUCACGCACUCAUUGGGUGGUGGUACCGGUUCUGGUUUAGGUUCCUUGUUAUUGGAACAGUUAUCUAUUGACUAUGGUAAGAAAUCAAAGCUUGAGUUUGCUGUGUAUCCAGCUCCUCAAGUUUCUACUUCUGUUGUUGAGCCAUAUAACACCGUCUUGACUACGCAUACUACCUUAGAACAUGCGGACUGUACUUUCAUGGUUGACAAUGAGGCUAUCUACGACAUGUGUAAAAAGAGCUUGGACAUCUCGAGACCAAGCUUUGCCAACUUGAACAACUUGAUUGCGCAGGUGGUGUCGUCUGUCACGGCGUCCUUGAGAUUCGACGGUUCCUUGAAUGUGGACUUGAAUGAAUUCCAGACCAAUUUGGUUCCUUACCCUCGUAUUCAUUUCCCAUUGGUCUCUUACGCUCCUAUUCUAUCUAAGAGCAAGGCUCAUCACGAAUCUAACUCUGUUGGUGAAAUUACUAACUCUUGUUUCGAACCUGGCAACCAGAUGGUGAAGUGUGACCCAAGAGUCGGUAAAUAUAUGGCAACAUGUUUGUUAUACAGAGGUGACGUUGUUACCAGAGACGUUCAAACUGCCGUUGCUCAAGUGAAGAGCAAGAAGACCGUUCAAUUGGUCGACUGGUGCCCCACCGGUUUCAAGAUCGGUAUCUGUUACGAGCCUCCUACUGCAACUCCAGAAUCUCAACUAUCCUCAGUAUCUAGAGCUGUAUGCAUGUUGUCGAAUACUACUGCAAUUGCCGAUGCUUGGAAGAGAAUUGACAGAAAGUUCGACUUGAUGUACGCAAAGCGUGCAUUCGUCCACUGGUACGUCGGUGAGGGUAUGGAAGAAGGCGAAUUCACAGAAGCUAGGGAGGACUUGGCAGCCUUGGAGAGGGACUACGUUGAAGUUGGUGCUGAUACAUAUGCCGAUGAUGAGGAAUUCUGA